CAAAAAUGCGUGAACGAAGUUACACAGAGGCCUUUCCCCAGUCAAGUCAUUGAGCAAGCGUUGCGUUCUAUCGGUGCCGCAGUCAAGCUGGAUCAACCGGUGAAGAAGCAGGCGCUUGCAUUUAUUCAUCAACUCAUAGAUGCGAAGACCAUUCCCAUUGCGCGUGCGCGGAUGAAGCUGCGCUGCAACGUCCCGGAUGAGCCCUCGCUAGAGAAGCUUGUUGAAUGGUGUGAGAAAAAUGGGACCUCCAUCCUUCAGAAGGUCGUCGAAGCUGGAGGAUCAGACGCCGCAUUGCAAAUACACUCGCUCCUGAUUCUCUUGCAACCACAUCUGUUUCGAGACAUUGAAAGGUUUGUUAAGACUGAAAUGCCACCGGGUGGAUCAGUGCACGUAAUUGAGAACGCCGCCAUGGAUGUGGGCGAAGGUGAUGUGAUGGACGCCGAGCUUAUUGCGCGGGCCAACGCCCAAAUGACAGGGGCCGGUGGCGUAGGGAACGCCGAUAAGAGCCAUUGCACUGGUAGCAGUAGCAACCCUCACGCCGAAAGCAACCGGGGCAGAAGGAAGGGGAAAGGGGGCAGUAGGAAACCGCAAGGUGUGCAACGGGUGUUGGGUAAGGACGACGGCACCGAUCAGCAAACUGUCACCACGGCUGAGCUGUCAUCCACACCCGCGGUGGUUGGCGAGAACGACGACGAGUUGAAGGUGGCCCUCAGCAAGUUGGUUCUUGACGAAACGUAUGGUUCUCGUGACGAGGAUUAUGACGGGAAGGGUAGGCGCGGCAAGAAGAAGGCGAAGAGACGCCAGGGAGAACCACACCAAAAACAACAGCAGCAGCCGGCCAUUCCUCAAAAGGCGGUGGAGGUUAAUGAGCAGGAGGAGAGUGAUGAGGAGGUUCUAGUGAACCGAAAACAACGCAAGCAGACGGCGGCGAGGGUGAAGGUGAAGGAUGAAAAGAGAAAUGAAUACUGGAAUGACGCUGAUGAUGAUGAUUACGACUACGGUUAUGAAGAUGAGGAUGCAGGGGAAGUACGAGACUGA